GAAGUCAAAAUGAUGUUUAGGUUUCCAAAGAAUAAUCUUCCCCAAAUAAACUUUUCUUUUCUCAAUUAAAAAUAAAACUUAUAGUAUUAAUUUAAUUGCCUUCUAAGGUUUUAGGUAUUGCCGUUAGAUUAGAAAGAGAAAGUAUAAAAUUAAUGGCAACCUCUAUAUGACCGAUCCCAUUCCCAAUCUCUGCGUGUAAAGUCCCAACCAUUUGUCAUCACUCCAAAUCAGUCGACAAAAUUUUACUAGUCUCUUUUGUUCCACUUUCGCCUGCACCUUCCUCUCUCUUCACCUUGUAACCAACCUCACAACAACAAUUCAUAUUCUGUUUUUCUCUAUAUCAUGAGAAUCGGAACCAAAUUUGUGUUAUUCAAAGGCUUUGAAAUGGGUUUUUCAUCUAAAGAAGAGAAAUCCAAGAGAAUAUUAAGAGUCGUAAAAACUCUGUUUUUCUUAAUCACUAUGUUUCUUUCUCUUCUUCUUUUCUCCGCUCCUGUUUUAUUGGUUAUCGCUGAUGCUCUUCUUCCUUCGGCUCUUCUCUCUACUCUUUCAGUUUCACCUCUUUCUUUAACUACACUCUCUUCUCAUUUCAACAACUACGAUUUUCGUUACUCUCUUAUCGAUAUUCCCCUCCUUUCGAUAAUCAGAUCCUUUAUAAUCUUCUGUGUUUAUAGUUUGUGUGAUGGACCGAGACUUUCGAGAUCGCGAGGACCGUAUUUGGGGAUUACUACGCUGUGCUCUGUUUUGUCUCUGUUAUUUGUUUCGUUUAAAGCUGUUUAUGUUUUUGGACAUGGAAGUGGUGGCUAUGUUGGAGGAUCGGAAAUUGCUCUGUUUCUGUGUUCUUGUGUGUUGGCGGUGGGACAUGUUGUUGUGGCUUAUAGAACAAGUUGUAGAGAGAGAAGAAAGCUUUUGGUUUACAAAAUUGACAUUGAAGCUAUUUCAGCUUGUACAAAUGGGUAUCAGAGGUAUCCAAAGAGUCUUCAAGAAGUGAGAACCAAAUAAUCACUGGCACUAACAGAUUAGAUUAGAGGAAUAUAUAUUACAACAGUAUAAAUUUUACAUCUAACAGCUAUUGGUGAUUAUUAUACUUUAGUUUACACUUCACUGCUACCAUGAAACAUAAAGUUGUUGAAUGGUGUUAUAGGUAUACAUGUAAAAGAGCUUCAGCUUUGGUUUUUAUGUAAUAUUCUUUUAUGUCACAUUUUUCUUCUUUUUUUUUCUUUUCUUUUCGAUUGUGUAUAUCUUGUUGUGUAUAUAUAAAAUGAAUGGAUUGUUGGUUAUA